AAAAAACAAAAGAUGAGCAGUCGCAAGAAACUUAGGUAAGUUUUUUCCCGGGUCGUGUCGAUUGGUUUUGGCGCCAUCACUGUUCACUGUGCAACCCAAACCCAAACUUAAAAGAACUUUGUCUUCUCUCUUUUCUCUUCACCCAUCUCACUCUCACCAAUAAGGAUCUUCAACAGCUGAAAUAAUGGGUGAGGACAAAACCACACAACUCCCCAGAAGAAUGACCAGGUCUUCAGCUUCAUCUUCUGCAUCCACUUCAAAUAACGUAGCUGCAGCAAAAGUAACUUGCCUUGAACCUCUAACAAUUAAUGACCUUUUAGUCGGAGGAGAUCCCAUCAGUCUCAACGACAUAAUAUCUAGCUUUCCUGGUAGAAGUAGCCAGAUUCUUGAGGUCGUGCGUCAUUUGGGACCUUUGAAUUCACCAAUCCUUCCUUUGUUUGUGUAUGGAAGUUCUUCUACUGGAAAAACCAGUAUCAUUCUUCAAUUAUUCAGGCAUCUCAACAGGCCUAUUGUUUAUUCUAGUUGUAGGACAUGUUAUAACCAGAACAUCUUGUUUGAAUCUAUUCUAAAUCAGCUACUUCUCCAUAGAAAAAAUGCUGCCAAUGGUUAUUCGAAUGCAAAACGCUGUGAAAGACCAUCUGAUUUUGUCAAUUUUCUUCGAGAAGCGUUGACCAAUGUUAUAAACAAUCUGAAGAAGUCAGAGAAGUUGAUCUCAAAUGAGAUGACACAAGGGAAAAUUGGAAAUAUGAUCUACUUGGUGUUUGACAAUUUUCAGCUUGUUAGGGAGUGGGAUAAGAGUUCAACUAUAUUGCCCUUGCUGUUUAAUCUCUAUGAUCUGCUAAAUAUGCCUGAGGUGGGUUUGAUUUUUAUCAGCAGUACUUCUCCAGAUACCUUUUACUCUAACAUGGGUUAUGUGGAGCCUAUCCCCAUUUACUUUCCUGAUUACACAGAAGAAGAUAUUCGUCAAAUAUUAUUGAGAAACCAAGUGAACCAGAAGCUAUAUUCCUCAUUUCUGGAUGUAUCUCUGAAGUCUUUCUGUGGAAUUACUAAGCAGAUUGAUCAUUUAUCUGCUGCCUUAAAGCCACUAUAUGAAAAGUAUUGUGAGCCUUUAAGUGAUAAGGGAAAGGGAGUUGCUCCUAAUCAAGAAAUGAAGCGAAGGCUGCUUGCUCAUAUCAACCCUCAUAUUGCCUCCUCUUUGAAUGAGAUAUUUAAGGUUUCAUCUCUUUCUUCAACUGAAGUUGAGAUCCGUAAAGAGGAAAAGCGGAAGGGAAAUAAUAGGAGAUUGGAGCAAUCUGAAGAACUUGGCAGUCUUGAUUUUCAUGUAUCUACUAGUGCAAAAUAUCUUCUGAUUUCAGCAUUCCUUGCCUCCAGAAACCCAGCAACUCUUGAUGCUUCACUUUUUGAUUCCAAAGGUGGUUCUGAUAAUCGGAAGCGAAAGAGGAAGCCCUCUGAGAAAGCACAGGAACGGAAGGAAACUUUAGAACAGGAACUACUAAUGAAAGGACCUGGAACUUUCCCACUGGAGAGGUUGUUAGCCAUCUUUCAAUGCCUUGUAUCAGUUGCAGAAGAACCAUCUGACGAGCAGGAGCAAAAUAAUGAUGGAUUAGGAGUUGAAGGUGGCAAUGGUGGACUGAUGUCUGAUGUUCUUUUACAGCUAUCCAGUCUCUGCAAUGCUAAUUUUAUAUUCAAAGGAAGGAGCUGUCCCAUUGAAGGCUCAAUGCGGUAUCGAACAACCAUAUCUGAAGACCUUGCUCUGAAGGUUGCAAGGAGCUUAAAGUUCCCAUUAUCAAAGUAUUUGUAUAGGAGUUAGUAAUCUUUGGUAUCGCCGCAUCUCAAAGCUUGGAUGACAACUUUUGUCUAGGAUAUAUCUGCCAAGAGUGUAUAGACCUCUACUGUUCUCUAGUGUUAUCAACAUGAAACGGCCGGAAUCCCCUAUGAAUGCUUGAAGCCAAACCAAUGGUUUAAAAUGGAUAAUUGUGACCAUGGCAGUUCAUGGGAUGGAUGGACUGAGUAUUUUACAAUGGACAAUGGAGUUAUUAGGAUUUGGUUUAUUACUCCGUGUCUUUAACAUUUCUCCAAGAAGCUUUUUAGUAUUGUGGAUUGUAAGUGGUAAAGAUCCUGAAAUUAUGAUGCUCUUAGCUGAUAUAAAAUUGUAAUAUGACACAAAAUUUGUGUUAACACCGUUGAUGUCCUAAAAGAAAGGAAUGCCCCAGGUUUGAUGAUGUUUAAUGUGGGGGAAUAGACAAUACUUUCUGACAUCUUGCUGGUUUAAUGUUGAGUUGUAGACUUUCGGUAACAUUUUUACUUGGAUUUGAAUACAUCAUAACGUAUUAAGAACUAAGUAGAUGUACCUUCUUGUUGA